CCGAAUGGCUGGAGCCGAGGAAACGCUCGUUCUCGGCCGACGUGUACAAAACGCUGCAGGACUCGAGGAUCGAGGAGUUGAACCUGCAUCUGAUGUUGGAACUGUUGAAGCACAUCUGCAAAGGGGACCGUGGCGCCGUGCUGAUAUUCCUGCCGGGCAUCGGCGAGAUAUCCCAUUUGCUCAGGCUGAUGGACGAGAGCAACUGCUUCCCGAGCUCCCGCUACGAGGUAUAUCCGUUGCACUCCAAGCUGCCGUCGCUGGAGCAGCACAGGAUCUUCGAGAAGCCGCCUGGGGACGUCCGCAAGAUAAUUGUGGCGACGAACAUAGCCGAGACCUCCAUCACGAUCGACGAUAUCGUUUACGUGAUCGACUGCGGCAAGCUCAAGGUGACCGGGUUCAACGUCGACGAGAAAAUCCUCACUCUGAACACCGAGUGGAUCUCGCAGGCCAACUUGCGCCAAAGGCGAGGCCGCGCCGGCCGUUGUCAGGCCG